UUUCAAGUUUUCGUAAUCACAAAAUAUUUAAAUAACCAAAUUUUCGUAAUUUUAUUUUAGAAAUAUAUUAACUUUAUUUUAUAAAUACUUUACAGUUUCAAAGGACAAAAGUGAGUCAAAUCUUAAUUUCUCCUGCGUGUUUUUGUUGAUACUUAGUUUCAUUUAUCGACUGAAUUCAUGAUUAGAUGCACAAUCGUAUUCCUUGAUUUUAUAAAAAUUUUGAUAUGAUUGUACUUCAAUAUGGCGAACCGCGACAAAGGACGCAGAAAGUGGGGAGAAUUUUUACAAGAUAAUACUAAAUCAGAAAAGGAUAGAACAAUAGGAAUGCGAGGUGGAGGAAACAGAGCUUCUCAAGCUUUGUACAGGCCUGGAAGUGGACCUCUUCGAAAGUCGGGUAGAUCCACAGAUGAUUUAGAGAAUGAGAAUAUCUCAUUGGAGAAACCUAAACCAAGCUCCGUCCAACAUCGUUUGAAACAGUCACAGCUAAACAGAUCUAACCAAUCUUCUAAUAGUCCACCAUCAUCUCAAGUUGAACAUGUAACAGAGAAAUUGAAUGAUUUAAACAUUAACCAUAGAUCUACCGCAGACAUUGAACAGGCACAAGGUUCUUCACAAAAUAGUAAUUCUGGAGAUUCAAGAAGAAAAUCUAAAAAGCCAGAGCAACCAUUGUAUGUACCUAAGAAAGUUAAAGAAGCAUUGGCUGAACAGGAUAUUUCAAAUAGAUCAUCCAAUCAAGGGGCCUGGGAUCGAGAUCAAGACGGAGAACAUAGUGAAGACCGUGAUUCUCAUUCCAAUCGUAGCCAUAAAAGUGAUAGUCAUCGUAACCGGUCGGGUGGUCGUGGUGGCCGAGAUAAUGAUAAUGGUAAUAGAGGCAGAGAUGAUCAUGGGAAAAGAUAUUCGGGUAAUCGUCGAAAUCGUCAUGGCAAUGAGAAUGAAGAACGUUGGCGAUCUGAUUCUCCUCUAUCUAAUAGAAGUUUUGGAAAUCGAAAAGAUAAUUCCCGUGAAGUUAGACAGGGUUCUGAACCUCUUUUUGCAACAAUGAACCAGGUCAAUGAUUUUAAUCGUACUAGAGAUACACGUAGCGUAGAACCAGAAAAGUUUCAAGGCAAACCACCUACAGGCAAAUGGGGUGGUCCAAAAGAUAGUUUACCUAAAAAUAUAAAAAUAGAGCACUUACCACCUCGGUUACAGAAGAAAUAUCUUAUGGAUAAUGGUUUACCAUUACCACCAAACAAUUCAUCGCCUGCAGAAGAUACAUGGAAUGGCAGUAGUAUUACAUUUCAGGGAUCAUCAAGUUAUAAUUAUCCACCUGCAAUGCAGCAUUCACAGACUAUGCAAAAUUUACCACCAUCUGGCCCAUUACCUCCACAACCUAGCUGGUCCAAUACAGUUCCAGCACGAAGUAGAGGUAGAGGUAGACUCAGACCUGAAGAAAUAGAGAGUUCAACAAAUAUUUUCAGGUGUGUUACACCUGAUCAGUAUUCAGCUCCAAGCUCCAGAUCUCAUACACCAAGUCAAGAAUAUAUGCAAAGGUCUUAUGAUCGUCGUGGUAGCAAUAGCACUAUGUAUACUAGUAUGGAAAGUUUAAGUCGUGCUGAUAGUUCAAUGAUGCUACCACCACCGUCAGUGUCACCCGUUACUUCAACAUCCAGUGCAAAUAAACGUCACAGUUCACCCGAUAGUCAUCGUCGGGGAGUAUCACCACCUUCAGCUUUCCAUCGUACUCAAACGCAACGGCAAAAUAAUAAUGCAUCCGAUCGUAAUACAGCACUAGAAAAGAAAAAUAGUUUACAGAAUUUAGGUGUUAGUCCAACAAAAAAUGAAACCAUCCAUAUUUUGGAUUGGAAUGAAGAAGUUGAAUUGCAUGAAAAAUUGGAAGCUGAACGUGCGAGCCGCAGUUCUUCUGUAUUAAUUUAUUAUUUGAGUAGUAGCAGGGAUAAAGCUCGAGUUAAUAGUCGCGAUCGACAAAACAAUCAGCAAAACAGAGAAAACGACAACUACAACAACAAUCAAAAGAACAAUAAUAGUAGUAGAAGAUAUGAUCACAGAAGGCAUCGCAAUAUUAUACAACAUAGUCGGGAAUCUAGUAAAGAUAGGAAUUAUCGUAGCAGUAGUAGAAAUUUCGAUGAUCUUCACAGACAUAGAACAUCUGAUCGAUACUUAGAUGAAAAUUGGAGAACUGGAAGAAAAAUGUCAGUUUGUGAUUCCGAUGACGGACGACAUACACCGAAUGUUUCCUCUCAUUCUGGUCCUCAAUCAAAUACCGCUUUGAAUUUGACAUCGCAUCAAACCUCUCCUAGUGGUUAUAGUAACUCUCAGCCACCGGGCGUGUUAGUGUUACCAGAUACCAGUCAAUCUCCGCCUAAUCAUUCAGUUUCCAGACAACAAGGAAUGCAGCAACAAAGAACAUUAUUCAAUCACAACAAUCCUAAUAAACCUAUUGUUGUUCCUUCACCUAAUAGUAGAGCUGCAGUACAAAGAGAGAAUGAUAGCUCAUGUCAAAGUUCCAAUGUCCCAGUGUUCCAAUCUCAUGGAGGUAUUACUUCACCACAUCAUAGUUUUCAAGGUGCGCACUUAGAUGGUGUACCACCCCCAUAUAUGCCGAAUGACCAGUUUGGAAGUACAAGACCUUCGUGGUACGAUCCUUACUCGGAUAGUUUUCGAUCAGCUAAAAAUCCUUACUUACUUUUGGACAUAGAACGUGCUGAUUUAGAAUUGCAAUGGAUACUAAGUUCUGGUGGAUUCACGGCAAACUGGGAAAGGGUUUUAUACAUAAGACACUUCUUGCAAGAAAGCUUGAAAACUUUGCUAGAAACUGAUAUCAAAUUUUGUCAAGCUGAGAAUGUCGAGCAACACUUUUGGAAGAUACUUUUUUAUAAUAUGAUUGAGAUGUUACGGAAAGGCAUGCCUAAAGAAAGUUCUGAAGGUAGAGAGCAUUACAAGAAAAUAAUGUUAAAGAUCAUUGACGAGGGGACCGUAUAUUUGGAAAGUUUGUUAACUGUUCUUGAAAAGAAAUAUGACUUUAAAUUGGACAUGUUCCUUGCAUCAUCGACUCUUCCGAAAGGACUUGGAAUCUUAGGCUUGGCGUUAGUAAGCGCGCAAAAGAUAUAUCUAUUUUUGGGUGACUUGGCGAGAUACAGAGAACAAGCUAAUGAAACGAAUAAUUAUGGAAAAUCUAGGCAGUGGUAUUUGAAAGCGCAACAACUUAAUCCAAAGAAUGGAAGGCCAUAUAAUCAACUUGCCUUGUUAGCUCAUUACGCUCGACGAAAAUUGGAUGCAGUAUACUAUUAUAUGAGGUCUCUUAUGGCAUCGAAUCCAUUUCAGUCUGCGAGGGAAAGCUUAAUAGCGCUUUUUGAUGAAAAUAGAAAAAAGUAUCUACAUUAUUAUGAGUCAACGGAACGAAAACGAAAAGAAGAGAGGGAAUGGAAGGAAAGGGCCAGGAUGAAAGAAAAAGAAGGAGCAAAUAAUAUUGGGGGUGGAUUAAGGAGGGAAAUUUGGGUUCAUCCUGGAGGUAGACGAGUUCGUCGUACAACUACUGCAGCCACUGCCAAUGAAGCGAGAUUAUCUCAUAGUGAUUUAGAAGAACUGGCGCAACUAAGUAGUGUUGAGGUGAACAAGAGGUUCGUCACGUCUUAUCUACACGUUCAUGGAAAGCUGAUCAACAAAAUAGGAAUGGAGACGUUCCAGGAGGCCGGGGUUCAAAUGCUGAAGGAAUUCAGAGCGCUGCUGCAACAUUCACCGUUGCCGCUUCCUGGGACGCGGCUACUUCAACUGCUGGCCCUGAAUAUGUUCGCCAUCGAGUCGACGCAGCUCAAAGAUGCCCAAAUGGAGCAGGGGUACCGGUCCGAGGUCCAAGAAAGGGCACUGGUUGUAUCCUUGCAGAUGUUCAAUCUGAUUUUAGAACGUGGCGUGUCCUUGCUCAAGUCUCAGUUGGACAGCGGCGAAGAGCCGAGGAUGGUUGUUAGCGACGACAUGCAAGUCCUUUUACCAGCUAUCAAGAUUUGGUGCGAUUGGAUGCUCUGCCACAGCACCGUUUGGAAUCCGCCGCCAUCUUGUACGGACUACAGAGUAGGCCCCCCCGGAGACGCCUGGAGCAGGCUUGCUACAAUGGUGAACCUGCUGGAAAAGUUGAAUUAUUCCAGAUCGAUCUUGAUCCAGGCCAAGGACGCGGAGAGUCGCGAGGACGAACUCGAAUUGGUUAAAUUACCGGAAGACACGACUUUGGCAGGAUUUACGCCGCUAAUGUCGAAUCCUCAGGAUCCCUGCUACGCCGAGAAGACCGAGGACAUGGAAACAGCGCAAGUGUGUCUCAGGAUAAACAAGAUUUUGUUCUUCGGGCAAGUUUACCUGUGCGGACUCGAGACGCCGGUGUUGAAAUUACAGAAGAGCGAGAACGGCGACAGUGAAUAUGUCUCCGUGGUGGAAGCCUCGAGCACGAGCACCCCUAGCUCACCCCCGGAACAGAGCGACUCGGAGCUUCUGGUGGAAAGUUACAGCGAGGGUGAAGACGAGCCAGUGUCAUCCACCCUGAGGAGAUUACCUUCCUGUUCGGAUGUACCUGACGAUGGCACCACGCCGGUCAACGUGGUCGAAAUAAGGUCGCUGAUCGAGAGGAAAGAGGAACUGGAGAGACGCCAGCGGAAGCAGGAUCGUCAUCGGCAACGGGUACAGCAAAUUCUGCAAAAGUCUUCGGUAUCCGUGGAAAUUGAAGUGAGACCAAGACAAUUGGUACCGGAUACUAAUUGCUUCAUCGACUACCUGCCGCAGUUGCAGAAUAUCACGAAGGCGAUUUCCGGGGCGCAGCCGAUCUACACGCUCAUGGUGCCGCUCGUAGUUUUAAACGAGCUCGAGGGUUUGGCUAGGGGCGCAGACGCCCGGGACUGUCCUCCAGCCUCUAGGGCGGCGCUGGAUCCGGAGCACGUGGCCAGGGUGGCUGAGAGCGCGAAAGCGGCACUGAAUUUCGCCAGAAGCAGGAAUCCAGCUAUCCGGUGCUUAACCACGAGAGGAACUGUCCUUACAUCUAGCACUUUCACCGUCGAGGAGGAUGUUGACAAGGACGGGUUGACAAGAAACGAUGACAGAAUACUGGCUACGUGCUUGAGCCUCUGCAAAACGGGUAACAAAGAUCAAGCAAACGCAGAAGAGGGUCAACCGCGGCGUCUGCGAAGGGAGGUGGUCCUGCUGACGGAGGACAGGAACCUGAGGGUGAAGGCUUUGGCGAGGGACGUGCCCGUCAGAGAGGUGCCCGACUUCAUGCAAUGGGCCGGCCUCGGCUGAGACGUUUACCCGACCAGACCCACCCGCUAACGAAAAAUCUCCCGUUACCCCCGCCGAGACAAUUUCGACCAGCAAAAAGCAGCAAACAGCAGCAAACCGCAGCAGCAGCCGCAGCCGCAGCCGCAGCAUCAUCAGCAACACCUAGUAAGACCGAAAGGAAAGCACGAAAGAUGAACAGAGGGAAAAGAAAAAAGACUCGGGAAGAGGAUGUCUCGUGAGUAGAUGUUAAAUCGUGUGCUCCCCUUAAAGAAUCGUGACCGAUCAGCUGUCACGCGUGAAAAGUUUCACUCUGUACACUCAGAAACACGAUCGCACACACAUACACGUAUACACACACACAUACACAAACACAAAGCAACAAACACGCUCGCGAGCUCUUCUCAGCUGGGCGAGGACAACGGCGGCGGUGUCGCGUCAUUAUUCCACGAUGAUGUCACUUAACCCUCGAACGAACCGCAACACACGAAAUCACGGAUCAUUCGGAAAAGAUUGUGUGCGCGAGACACAAGCGAGGUUUAGCGUCUCAUCUCCAACACGAAGAAUUCAUGAAACAGACAACAACAACAACAACAACAAAAACAACAACAGCAACAACAAGAGAAAAAAGAGUAACGAAAAUUCGGGACAGCGGAGAAUCGUCUAGGACCGUUCUCAUCCCUCGAGAGUUUAUAGCAGUCGGUCCAGCUAGGACGCGCUUCUCGCGCGAGAUUCGAGGGCGGAAAUCGAGAUGAUAGGGUUACGAAUCGACGAAAGAAGAGAACGGACGAUGAUGUUAGUUCACUGAUGUUUCUUUGUUCCGCGAAUUAGAUGGUAAACGGUGACUAACUGUUUGAAAC